UUAGGACCUUUCGCUGGCCAAUUGUUUAUAUCUGAAACGUAAUAGCGCUGAAGUUAACUGAACAAUAGAACACCAAGCAUCGCCGGCAGCCAUGAACGAAUCGGUGCGCUACGACCGUUGUCACCAGGUGCAGCUGGGCGUGCUCAGCGAGUCGCAGGUGUCCUCCGCCGCCGAGGAGGAGGUCCAGAGUCUGCCUGCGCAGGGAACGGGCAACAUCCUCUUCACCCACGACGGGGUGCUACUGAAGAAGGCCAGCGCCGAGCACAUCGCCGACCUGAACACCAGUGGCUCCCUGUCCCUGGUGGAGUACUCGCGCACCUCGGCGGACCUGCCGCGCAGGAGGCUGCUGCUCGAGUGGCAGCCCAACGACAGCAUCAUGAUCGCCGACGACAGCCAGGACCAGGGCGACUGGGCGCUGGUGGACAGGAUCUCCGGGCGCACGCGCACCACCUCCGAGUGCCGCGCCUUCAACACGAAGCCCAGCGAACCGGGCGGCGGGGCGGCGGCCUCCCGUUCGCGGGUCAUGCGCGCCCAGCUGGAGGACCUGGCCUCCGUCGAGGUCCGUCACCGCGGCCAGACCAUCCGCUUCAUGCGCAAGGGAUCCGGGGGCAUUCACAGCGAGUUCUUCUUCCAGCACGGCAACGCCGACCUCUUUGUGCGCUCCAUGCGCGACCAGCACUUCAUCGAGACCGCCGAGACCAGCCGCAGCGGCGGCGAGGAGUACACCAUCCUGACCACCGAGAACCAGAAGCUGAAGAAGACCUUUGCCGAGCUGGACAUUGGCCAGAUCAAGUCCAGCCACUUGCCGCGCGAGAGCUGGCUGCCCAACAAGCUGGCGGGAUUCCUGGGCAACAUUCCCGACUACGUGCAGCCGCCGUUCCAGCGCUCGCCCAAAUCCCGGCCAGGGGCACUGAUCUCCGGCGAUCGCCAGACCUCGCCGGACAACUAUCAGAUUAUAGGACUGAGUGGCAGCACCAACAGUGCCUGCUCCUCCAACGGACAGAGUCGCGGCGGCAGUGCGGACAAGUCCCCGGCGGACAGUGAGCUGGAGAACCUGAAUGCCCAGGACGAGAAAAUAGUCAACAACUUGCCGGAUCGGCAGAGAGUGGAGCGAGGAUCUCCUCUCACCGAGACGCAGUGGCUGGAGUUCCAGACGCCCGACGGUCGCAUUUCGGACAGCGUUCGCAUCAAGGAGCUCAUCUUCCGCGGCGGCAUCGUGCCCAGCCUGCGGGCAGAGGUGUGGAAGUUCCUGCUCAACUACUUCUUGUGGUCCGACACCCAGGUGGAGCGGAUCGAGCGGCGCAAGCAAAAGUCCAUUGAGUACUACAACAUGAAGGCCCAGUGGUUGGCCAUGACGACGGUCCAGGAGGCGAACUUCUGCGGCUACCGGGAGCGCAAGUGCCAGAUCGAGAAGGACGUGAAGCGCACAGACCGCUCGCUGCAGUUCUUCGCCGGCGAGAACAAUCCCAAUCUGGACCUGCUGCAGGGCAUCCUCAUGACCUACGUGAUGUACAACUUUGAUCUUGGCUACGUUCAGGGAAUGUCCGACCUCCUCGCUCCGAUUCUGGAGAUCCAGGUGAACGAGGUGGACGCCUUCUGGUGCUUCGUGGGCUUCAUGGAGCUGGUGUUCACCAACUUCGACAUGGACCAGGCGGGCAUGAAGACGCAGUUCGGCCAGGUGCGUCGCCUGAUUGAGUUCGCCAACGCUCCGCUGUUCAACUACAUGCGAUCCCACGACUCGGACAACAUGUACUUCUGCUUCAGAUGGCUGCUGGUGUGGUACAAGCGGGAGCUGAGCAACGAGGACGUGCUGAAGUUGUGGGAGUGUCUGUGGACACGGCUGCCGUGCGCCAACUUCCACCUGCUCUUCUCGGUGGCCAUCCUGGAUCAGGAAACGAGCGUCAUUAUCGAGAGCCAGUACGAGUUUACAGAGAUCCUGAAGCAUGUCAACGAACUGUCUGGAAAUAUUGAUGUGCAGAAGACCUUGCAAAUUGCGGAGGCCAUCUAUCUGCAGCUGAAGGCCUCGGAAACUCUUCCCAACGACAUCCGCUGCAUAAUCGGGGAGCCACUUCUUCCACCAGCCGCUGGCGAGGAGGUGGACGGUGAGGAGCCUGCCUUCUCGGACGACGGCUUCGACGAAAUAGUAAAGGAACUCACUCCCGAGGAAAAGGAACGCCAGCAAAGGCUAAUGGAAGAGGCUUGCGAACGAUCCCAAUUCUUGAAUUAUCUAUAGUUCGAAUGUGACCACAUCGCAUGGACACCUAGAAGAAACCAAGCCAAAAGCCCUUAGCAAAGCAUGCGCAAAUUACACUGCCCUUCAAGAUUGUUUGCUAAAAAGAUAGUUUUUGGGGUCGCGAUCUAAAAAACUUGUAUCCCAUGAUAU